AUGGGGCGACGGUCGAGUCGCGCAGCUGCCAAGAAGGCAACCGCAGCGCUGGAGAGCACGCCGAAGGGUUUCGCCGAGGUCGAAGAUGAGCCGAUGCCCGACGCGGAUGCCGCCGCAGAUGCCGAUGCCGAUGCCGAUGCCGAUGCCGAUGCCGAUGUUGAUGCCGAUGCUGAUGUCGAUGCUGAUGUCGAUGCUGAUGUCAAUGUCGAUGCUGAAGAUGUCGAUGCCGCCGUCGCCGACGAGGAAUCUGAGCAAGAAGAGCCUCCCGCUCGGGAAGAUGAAGACGAGCCGGAAAACGACAAGGCCGGCAACGAAGAGGCUGAAAACGACGAGGAUGCUGCCAAGGAUGAAGAGUCGGCCAAAGAACCCAGCCCCCUGCCACAACCCGUGAUUCGGAGGAAGCGGCUGGGUCGCCCGCCAAAGAACAAGCCUCCUGACUGGGACCCCAUGAUAACGGUGACAGAAGACACCCCUCGGCGUCGCGGACGAGGAGGAUGGAGGGGCCGUGGCGGUCGCAAGGGAGGGCCUGCAGCGCCAAAGGCGGAGCAGGUGAUUGACGCCGAGGGGACGGUAGCCGAGAUUCUGCACGACGAGUGCGUGCUGCAGGAGGAUCCCGAGGGUGAGGCCAAGGUGGACAAGCUGGGGAACCUCGAGGGCGGCCGCGAGUAUCGAUGUCGGACAUUUACCGUGCUGGGUAGAGGCAACCGACUGUACAUGCUGUCGACGGAACCCGCCCGGUGCGUGGGUUUCAGGGACAGCUACCUCUUCUUCACCAAGCAUCGCAGGCUGCACAAGAUUAUCGUCGACGAUGACGAGAAGAGGGACAUGAUUGAGCGCGACAUUAUCCCUCAUUCGUACAAGGGCCGGUCGAUAGGUGUUGUUACCGCCCGAUCCGUCUUCCGCGAGUUUGGCGCCCGGAUUGUAGUGGGAGGCAAGCGCGUCACGGACGAUUACAACGUCGCCCAGCUCCGCGCCGAAGGCGCUGUCGAGGGUCAGCUGGCCGAUCCCGACGAUCACUUUGUCCCGGGGGAGCCCUACAACAAGAACCAGUACGUCGCUUGGCACGGCGCCAGUGCCGUCUAUCACACAAACGUCCCGUCGGCGCCCGUCCCGAACGGAAAACCAGAGUACAAGAAGCGCAAAGUCAACGUCAACGACACCAAUUGGAUGCUAGAACAUGCCCGCGAAGCCAGUAUAUUCAACGCUGGGAUCAACGCGAUUCGAAAGUUUAACAACGCCGGAGUAUAUGACAUUCACACCAACAUUAUGCAAUAUCCAGCCGUGAUGCAGCCCACGCGGGUGCGGAUCGAGCAGGUGGCCCCUGCUGCGCAAGAGACGCAUGCAAAGGGGGCCACCAAGUUCACGCCCGUCGCGGCGAGACUGGCGAGGAACUUUCUCGUCUUGGACUUUUACUGCGAAAACGCCCCCAGCAACGAAGCGUCCAUGCCCUGCAGCAAGGAGACGCCGGCAGAUUUCGUGGCCCCAUUCAACGGCCUGGGCGCCGUGGCGGACGAAGUCAAGGACCUCUUGCCGCCAGACUGCCGGAAAGCCUUUGACAAGGCGUUGGAAGCGGAUGCCGAGUUCCGCUCCAGAUGGGGCACGGAGAGAGAGACCAUGUCAAGACGCGAUCCCAUCAUUGACAAGGCCAUUGUGCCCUACAGCAUGACGUGA